GAACAGCUAGAAUUUUUGGUUUCUAAUGGAUUCAAAUUGAAUGACAUGGCCAAUUUAUUUAAUAUUAGUCCCAGAACCAUGAGUCGAAGAUUGCUUGAAUAUGGUAUUUCAUUAAAUGAAAAAUAUAGUCAUAUUUCCAAUGAUGAGCUAGAUGAAAUAGUAAUUGACCUUCUUAGUAACUUUCCAAAUAUUGGGUAUCGAAGUAUAAAAGGACACCUGCACAGUAAAGGACAUAUAAUUCAAGAAUACAGGGUUCGUGAAUCGAUGAGAAGGGUUGAUAUAGAAGGUGUUCUCUAUCGUCGACUUACUUUAAAUCCAGUAAGACGAAGAAGAUAUUCUGUUCGUGCGCCAAACUCAUUGUGGCAUAUAGACGGCUAUCAUAAAUUGAUAAGCUGGCACUUAGUUGUUCAUGGAGGUAUAGACGGUUAUUCUCGCCUCCCUACAUAUUUAAAGAUUAGCAACAACAAUAGAGCAGAAACUGUUAUGCAAGCAUUUAAUGAAGCUGUUCAAAAUUAUGGAUUGCCAUGGAGAGUUAGAUCGGAUAAAGGGGGCGAGAACGUUCGUGUUGCAGAAUAUAUGAUAAAUUCCAGAGGUUUUGGAAGAGGCAGCCAUAUUACUGGAAGAAGUGUCCAUAAUCAGAGAAUAGAGAGAUUUUGGAGAGAUUUGUGGAUGGGAUGCAUCAGUUUUUUCUACUACCUUUUUUGCUACAUGGAAGCAGAAAACAUAUUUAUACCAACUGAUGAAAUACAUAUUCAAGCCCUACACUAUAUCUUCAUACCAAGGAUUCAAAAACACUUGAACGAAUUUAGAGAGGCCUUUAUCAGGCGAUCUAUUAGGACAGCUAAUCAGAAAACGCCGUUACAGUUAUGGAUAGAUGGUCAAAUCCUGGAUCCAAAUGAAAAUCUUGCUUCUGAGGCAGACUUUCAAAGUUACGGAACAAUACAAAAUGGUUUGAUGGCAUAUGAUGAUGAACCAGAAAGAGUUGUUAUUGGUCAUUUUCCUAUAUCUUUAACUGAUCAAAAGAUGGAAGAAUUGAUGUGCCAAAUAAAUCCUUUAUUCGAUUCAGAAAAUCAGGGAAUGGACUUGUUUCUUGCAACCGUAAAUUUCAUUUCUAAUUAUCAUGAAAUGAAUUAGGAAAUCAACACUGCUUUUUUUCAAUUAAUAGGUUUUUAUUGGGUAUUUCACCAACAGAGGCCCAGUUCAUGCUACAUACAUUUUCAAUUCAAACCAAAACCAUAAGCACAUACAAUUAUGUUAAUAAAAGCAUUUUCUAGGAAA